CUUUCGCCUUUCUUCUCUCGGCAGAGCGCUUCCCGACACAGGCCGGUCCACGCUGUCCCGGUGGGGCAGGACGCAGAUCACCGAGACGCCUCCGCGACACGUACCUGCCGGUUUGGCAUGUGACUGGCAGCGAGCGUCCCUUUUUCACGCGAAGCAAACGGGAGCGCCGCUCGGCAGGAAAGGGCUCGACUUUCUUUCUUUCUUUCUUUUUUUAUCGGGGAUAAGGAGCUCUCCGGUUGUUGCCGGGUGUCCCGCCCGCGACAGAGAUGGAGUGGCUGUGCGGACCAGAGCUGCCCUUUUGGGAAGCCAAUCAGACACUCCACACAGAUCGACCCGAUCUCCCAGAGUGCUUCCAGCUAUCUGUCCUGUCAUGGCUGCCAUGCAUCUACUUAUGGGCAGUGAGCCCUAUCUACCUCUUCUAUCUCAAGAUGAACAACAGGGGCUACAUCAUGAUGUCCAUCAUGAACAGGUUCAAAACGGUGUUUGGCUUGUUGUUAUGGAUAGUGUGUUGGACAGAUCUCUUCUCGACAUUCCACGAGCUGCGGCAGGGAAUCAGCCAUCCGCCCAUCUACUUUGUCACCCCGCUGGUACUCGGCAUGACCAUGCUGUUGGCCACAUUUCUGAUCCAGUUUGAGAGGUUACGCGGGGUUCAGUCUUCGGGGGUCCUCUUCAUCUUCUGGUUCCUGUCUGUGCUGUGUGCCAUCGUGCCUUUCCGCUCCAAGAUCCUACAGGCCUCCAGCAAGAGUGAGGUGACAGACAAGCUGCGAUUCACCACGUUCUACUUUUACUUCGGCCUGGUGGUCUGUGAGCUGAUCCUCUGCUGCUUCAAUGAGAAACCUCCUCUCUUCUCCAAUGCUGUCACAGAUCCUAAUCCCUGCCCAGAAACCUCAGCAGGUUUUCUCUCCACCAUGACAUUUUGGUGGUUCACAAGUAUGGCCAUUAAAGGCUACAAAAUGCCCCUGGAGGCCAAAGACCUGUGGUCUCUGAACCAGCGCGACAGCUCCAAGGUGAUGGUCCCAAAACUCCUUAAAGAGUGGGAGAAGGAGCUGGCCAAAGCCAAGAGUGAACCGAAUCUGUCCAGCCAGGCUCUGUACUCCAAGCCCCUGCCGUCGACCACCAACCACAUUGUAGGCGGAGGGGGGGGUGGUGAAAGCAGCCCGGAGGAAGUGGAGGUGCUGCUGUCCAAUCAGAAAUCUUCUCCCCGCCAGCCGUCCUUCCUGCGUGCCCUCAUCAAAGCCUUCGGACCCUACUUUCUGAUUGGCUCGGCCUUCAAGCUCCUGCAGGAUAUCAUCACCUUCGUCAACCCUCAGCUGCUCAGGAUGCUGAUCAUAUUCACAAAACAGGAAGGUGUUCCUGAUUGGUGGGGCUAUGCACUGGCCUUCCUCAUGUUCUUCACAGCUUUCCUGCAGACGCUCAUCCUCCACCAUCACUUCCAGUACUGUUUCGUCACCGGCAUGAAUGUACGCACAGCUAUCAUAGGAGCAAUCUACAGGAAGGCACUGGUGAUAACUAACGCUGCCAAGCGUUCGUCUACAGUGGGAGAGGUUGUCAACCUGAUGUCUGUGGACGCACAGAGGUUCAUGGACCUCACCACCUUCCUCAACAUGUUGUGGUCCGCUCCCCUUCAGAUUAUGCUGGCACUUUAUUUCCUGUGGCAGAACCUCGGUCCAUCUGUGCUGGCUGGGGUGGCUGUCAUGAUCAUGUUGAUACCGUUUAACGCCGUCAUCGCCAUGAAGAUGCGAGGCUACCAGGUGGAGCAGAUGCGGUUAAAGGACUCGCGCAUCAAGCUGAUGAACGAGAUCCUGAACGGCAUAAAAGUCCUAAAGCUGUAUGCCUGGGAGAACUCCUUCAAGGAAAAGGUCCUGGCCAUUCGGCAGAAGGAGCUCAACGUGCUGCGCAAGACCGCCUACCUGGGAGCGCUGUCCACCAUGGCCUGGACCAGCGCCCCUUUCAUGGUUGCCUUGACAUCAUUUGCUGUGUAUGUGUACGUGACCGUGGAUGAGAACACAGCGCUGGAUGCAGAGAGGGCCUUUGUGUCGCUCUCGCUCUUCAACAUCCUCAGGUUUCCCCUCAACAUGCUUCCACAGGUCAUCAGCAGCAUAGUACAGGCCAGUGUCUCACUGAAGCGAAUCCAAAGUUUCCUGAGUCAUGAUGAGCUGGACCCAAAUUCAGUAGACCGAAACAACACGGCCACAGAGUUUUCAGUGACAGUCGCCAACGGAAAGUUCACCUGGGCUAAAGAAGAUCCUCCUGUUCUGCACAAUAUUAAUGUGAUGGUGCCCCAGGGCUCCCUGCUGGCAGUGGUGGGCCACGUUGGCUGUGGCAAAUCCUCUCUGAUCUCUGCCCUGCUGGGUGAAAUGGAGAGACUGGAGGGAGAGGUUUCUAUACGGGGGUCAGUGGCAUACGUACCGCAGCAGGCCUGGAUACAGAACAUCACCCUGCGUGACAACAUCCUGUUUGGGAAACCCUACAAUGAGCAGAAGUACCGCAGCGUUCUGGAAGCCUGUGCCUUAACCCCUGACCUAGAAGUGUUGCCUGGAGGAGAUUUGACUGAGAUAGGAGAAAAGGGGAUCAACCUCUCAGGGGGCCAGCGACAGAGGGUGAGCCUGGCCCGAGCCCUGUACAGCGACACUGACGUCUACCUGCUGGACGACCCGCUGUCCGCCGUGGACGCCCACGUGGCCAAACACAUCUUUGACAAUCUCAUUGGUCCAGAUGGGGCACUGAAGGGCAAGACACGCAUUCUGGUGACUCACGGCAUCAGCUUCCUGCCCCAGGUGGAUAACAUCAUGGUGAUGGUGGACGGCCGGGUGUCGGAGAUGGGCUCCUACCAGGAGCUUCUCAAACAGGACGGAGCCUUCGCAGAGUUCCUCAGGAACUACGCCCUGGAGGACAUAGUGGAGGAGGACGAGGCCAUUGAGGAGUUAAUUGAAGAUGAGGAGUUGUUCCCCGAUGACGCCCUGAGCAACCACGCAGACAUGGUGGACAACGAACCAGUGAUCAACGAAGCUAAGAGAAAUUUCAUAAGGCAGAUCAGCAUCGUUUCAGCAGAUGGAGAGAACCCCAGGUUCCGCUCGGUGAGGAGACAAGGCUGCAGCCAGAGGAAACACUCGGAGCCACAAGAGAAGAAGAAACCACACGAUAUGGUGAAGCUGAUCCAGACAGAGAACACAGAAACAGGCAGGGUGAAAACCAAAGUGUACCUGGAGUAUGCUAAGGCAGUGGGGCCACUGCUGUCGGUGUUCAUCUGCUUCCUGUACGGCUGCCAAAACGCCGCCUCCAUCGGAUCAAACAUCUGGCUCAGCGAGUGGACCAACGACGCCGCGAGAAAUGCGACCAAGGAAAAUCUGAAUAUGAGGGUGGGGGUGUACGCCGCACUGGGCACUGCACAAGGUGUGCUGUUGUUGGUUAACUGCCUGUUGUGCCGGGCCUACAGUAUGCUGCGGGCCGCCAAGCUCAUGCACGGCAACUUGCUCCAGGGGGUCCUGCGAGCACCGCAGGUCUUCUUCGAGAGCACCCCCACUGGGCGGUUGCUAAACCGCUUCAGCAAAGACAUUGACACUAUAGACUCCCACAUUCCAGAAAACAUUGACAUAUGGAUGCGCACUUUCUGGUACACACUGAAUGUGCUGCUCAUAUGCUCUGUCCUCACCCCAAUGUUCCUCAUAGUGGUAGCACCGUUAAUGGUGUUCUAUUGGUGGGUUCAGAGAUUUUACGUCGCCACGUCCCGGCAGCUAAAGCGCCUGGAGUCUGUCAGCCGCUCUCCCAUAUACUCCAAUUUCUCCGAGACCAUCACUGGCGCGAGUGUAAUCCGCGCCUACGGCAGACACUCUGCCUUCGUUCUGAUGAGCGAUACCAAAGUGGACGAGAACCAAAAGAGUUACUACCCUGGUAUAGUGUCCAACAGGUGGCUCGGAGUGCGCAUCGAGUUCAUCGGGAACUGCAUAGUGCUGUUUGCUGCCAUGUUUGCUGUGACCAGAAAGCAGAGCCUGACCGCCGGCCUUGUGGGUCUGUCGGUGUCCUACGCUCUUCAGGUGACCAUGUCUCUGAACUGGAUGGUGCGAAUGACUUCAGAUCUGGAAAGCAACAUAGUGGCAGUCGAGAGAGUGAAGGAGUACUCUGAGACCAAGCCAGAGGCCCCCUGGGAGGUGGAGGACAAGAAGCCCUCUCCCAACUGGCCCGUGGAGGGGAACGUGCAGUUCCAGAACUACAGCGUUCGCUACCGAGAGGGACUGGACCUCGUCCUGAAGAACCUGACGCUGAGCGUCAAGGGAGGAGAGAAGAUUGGCAUCGUGGGUCGCACAGGGGCCGGCAAGUCCUCCAUGACGCUCUGCCUCUUCCGACUGCUGGAGGCUGCAGCAGGAGAGAUCACCAUCGACGAGGUGAAGAUAGCUGAGAUAGGCCUGCAUGACCUGAGGUCCAAACUCACAAUCAUUCCACAGGAGCCGGUGCUGUUCUCCGGGACGCUGAGGAUGAACCUCGACCCCUUUGAGCAGUGCAGUGAUGACGAGUUGUGGAAAGCUCUGGAGCAGUCUCACCUCCACAAGUUUGUCAGAAACCAGCCGGCGAAACUGGAGCUGGAGUGUACAGAGGGAGGGGAGAAUCUCAGCGUUGGCCAGAGGCAGCUGGUGUGUUUGGCUCGGGCUCUCCUGAGGAAGACGAGGAUCCUCGUUCUGGAUGAAGCGACAGCUGCCAUCGACCUGGAGACGGACGAUCUCAUCCAGUCCACCAUAAGGACCCAGUUUGAAGACUGCACCGUCUUCACCAUCGCACACAGACUCAACACCAUCAUGGAUUACACAAGAGUGCUGGUGCUGGACAAGGGUCAGGUCGCAGAGUUCGACACUCCCACAAGCCUGAUAUCGCAGAAAGGAAUCUUCUACAGCAUGGCUAAAGAUGCAGGACUGGUACUGUAGGACCGCCUCGUCAACCCAACGUCACAAAACCAGGGUGGAGGACCAGCUCAGUUAACGUCAGGCUGACUCUGAAUUUCAAACCUGCCAGUGGAGCUGCAGAGUUACCGGUCAGGUGCAUUUGGUAUAUUUUCAGGGCGCCUACUACUGAAUUGAAGCUUGAACUCUGUUGCAAUCAUUUGUAAAGUUUGUCUGAACCCAGACAUCUACACUGUCCGAAGGUUCCGGCACGUACUGUAUUGUCCUGUGGGGCAAACACCAUCUUUUUUAAUAGGAAAAAGCUAAACAAGCCAUAAGUGCAAGUACUAGUCGAUCCAAGUACGCUCUUUAGUGCCUUCUGCCAGUGGGAUGAAGAAAGACAGUGAAUGUAUCAUUUUCAUAUCGGCUGUCUGCUGCAAAACAAAAAAGGAGGAACUUUUUUAAUUUUAUUUUUUCUACAGGAAACAUACUGUACUUUCCUCAUACAAAAAAAACAGGUUUUUCUGAUAAACCCACAUAUUUUUGUACUGUACCAUUAUUUAAGCCACUUUUUAAAAGAAUGUUCUGAUCUAGGGAAGUUUGUUCAGUUAAGUAUGUGAUUCUUCUGUGAACCAAAUCUAUGAAAACUUGAAUUCUGUACCACCAAAAUAUGGAAAAAAUGAUAAUGCUUUUAUUAAAACAAAGAAAAAUAAGGAAACAGACUGUUUGUGUGCUGGCUUCAAAUUGAUACAUAAUAGGGAAGUAAUAGAUGUGCUUAUUAAAGGUGCAUUCCACAAUUCCACGGUCAAGGAAUGAGAAAGUAACGUCUACCAAAAGAGUCAGGAACAAUAUUGUGGGAACUGUAGGAACCAGCUGGUUAAAGUCUGUACCGGGGUUUGACCGAGUCGGCCUGGCCGAUUAUCUGAGACGAUAUUCAACAUUUUUUUUAGCCGAUUUGCCGAUAAAAUUAUUUACUUUUAAAAUGUGCUUAUUUGGCUUUGAUGAUGCACAUCCAUGUUUCAGCAAAGUUUUGUGUUUCCUAAAUGUUGACACUUUUUCACUGCAGACAAAUAUCGGUUAUCGGUAUCUUAGAUUAGUAAUAAUCGCUUUCGGCCCAGAAAGAGCCAUAUCGGUUGACCCCUGGUUUGUACCAUGAAUACAAGUUUAGGAAAUCAGCCGCUUCAAUUUAGAGCAUUGUUGUGUCAGGCUGUUUCUCAUGAGCCCCCUCCGCCAAUUUUAUGGAGGUCGAUAGCCGAAAAAGUUAGUCAUUUUGGUAUAAAAAAUAAAAGUAAAAUUCCCACUUAUAAGACAGAUAUCAGAAACUGAAUAUACCCAUAUUUGUGAACCCCCAUAUUGUUGUCAGCCUCACCUUAAUUUCAGUUGAAGUUUUACAUUGCAGUAGUAGAAGGAAUGAUAGUGUUCGUACAGGUACCCAAGGAUGACGGCCUGGGACCUGUGCCCAAUGGACUUGCAGCUGAGUGUGUAUUUAACACACAUUAUUUAAUACCACUGGAGAAUGUAAUGAUUCUAGUCGUCCACUAGGGCGCACUCACAGUCAAUCUGGAAUCCACUACAUGCUGUAAAAAUGAUUGCUGCCUGAAACAUGUUUCACAAUAAACCUGCUUAAGCACCUCUCAUAUCUAAA